UUGCGCAUAUUCACGAGAAAAUAAUAAAAUCUGUCGAGAUGAUAGACCCGCUGGACCACUUGAAAUUCAGUAUUCCAAAUGUGUGUCACCGUGACACGAAAAUAUAUAUCAUCUAAAUGAAAAUGUUUUUAAUAAAUAAAAUGAAAAAUAACUUUUUACAAUAAAAACUUAUUUAAUUAUAAAUAAAUAAAACAUGGGAACUAGAUCAGCUGCCUACACGUUGAAAUUGACGAGUCUUCAUGAUUAUUAUCAACGACUUCUUCAUGGAACUCAACCAACCCCUUCUGGUUUCGACAUGGCCAACACUGUUAAAUAUUUUUCACAGACUCUUUUAUCAUUAUUGAAGGAAGUUCGUCAAUCUCCAAUGGACAUGUUAAAAUCACAAAAAUUUGAUCCUGAACGUUUGGCACUCUAUCCAAGCUUGGAUUACAAACAAUUGUACAAUGCAUUGUAUCAGCUAGUUGAUGUUGUUUCAUUUGUUCACAUUGGUCUUGCUGCAUUUGGUGAGGCUUUACUGCAGUGUUUGGCUUGCUUGAUGCCAUUUCUAGAUCAUGAUCUUCUUGAUACACUUGCAUAUUUAACAGCAAGUUCAAUAUCAGUAUUGCCAGCUGAACUUCAUCAAGAAAUUGUUAAUCAUUUGUGUUUUUACAUUCUUCCAUUUACCAUAACAAGAAAAACAAUUGAUGAAACUGAAAAUUAUGCAAGUCAAUCAGUCUCGGCAGUGAUUAUGAUGAUAUUUCAAUAUUCAACAAAUGCAGCUCAUCAUUGUCAGUUGUUGGAAUGUUUGAUGGCACUUAAACAUGGUGUUGUUAAAGAUAUACUAUGUGUUGCUGCUUAUGGUACUGCUCAAGCACGUGCAUCAGCAGCAAAAUUAUUAUUUUAUUAUUGGCCAACAUUUAAUCAAAAUUUAUUUGAUCGUCGUGCUGUUUUAAUGAAAUUUUCAAAUGAUUUAACACCAUUUAUUUGUCAACGUGAUACUUGUCCAAAUGCUGGUAAUGCUGAAGCUGGAAAAGUGUGUUAUGAUCACAGAAUAUCAAUAACAUAUGCUGCUGAAUUGCCACCACCACUUUAUUUAUGUAUUGAAUGUGCUAAUGAAAUUCAUCGUGAACAUCCAAAUCAAAUAUUUCAUGAUAUUCUUCAUCCAAUGCAACAAGUAUCAAUGGUUUGUGAAAACAAGAAUUGCAGAGCAACUGAUAAAUCAGCAAUAAGUGUUUGUUUUUCAAUUGAAUGUGCAAGCUACAAUGGUAAUCAUCCAAUUCGUUAUUGUCAACAGUGUCAUAAUAUUCGUCACAAUAAUAGAAGAGGUGGUGAUCAUGUAUAUCACAUGGCACUUCCACAUGUAUCACAAAUGGAUCCACAAUCACAAAUUUAUCUUGUUCAAGCAAUUGUCAGUUUAUUAAAAGAAGCUGAACCACUUAAUUUGGAUAGUAAUCGUGGUAAUACUACUGAAUUAAAUACAAGUAAAACAACAAUUGGAUUUCCUGGUUCAGUAUCAAGUGCAAGUGCUGGUGUUAUUGGUGGUGUAGGUGGUAGUAAUCAAAAAUUUGGAUUAAGUGAUUCAACAACACUUGAAGAACGUCAACUACUUGGUCGUUAUGGUGUAUGGCUACUUGUUGGUCUUUGUACACCAAAUCAUGAUACACAAAUUGAAAUACUUGGACGUUUAUUGUCAAUGUUAUUUCAUUGGUUUCAUAUUACUGCGUACUCAUUCGAUGGUACUAAAAAAAGUCUUAUGCAUCUUAUAUUUUCUGUUGGACAAGCUGAAAGUACUUUGGAAAAAUUAAAAACUGAAUAUGUCUGUGGAUGGCUUGGUGAAGUUAUGAAAACUCAUUAUCAAGUUUUUAUAUCUUGUCUUUUACCACAUCCAGCUGAUUAUGUCAGAGUUGGUGGUCACUGGGAAACAUUGGCCUCAAGAACAUCACACUUAAAAGAUGGCUUAAAUCGAUUAUUUUGUUUGGUACCUUAUGAGGUAAUUACAUCAGAAAUAUGGGAUUAUGUUAUGCCACAUUGGAUGGAGGCUGUUGUAAAUGAUGUACCUGAAGAUGAACUUUAUGAAUUAAAAAUGAUUCUUUGUAAAAUACUGGAUACAGAAAUGAGCCCACUUGGUUUUGAUGCUAAAAAAAUGUACAAUUUUGUUGCUAAAAGAUUUACAAAUACAAGUGCCAAAGUACAAGAACAAGCUUUAAAUUGGCUACAAACAUUAACACUUUUGGAUAUAACAAUUCCAUUAACUCAGUUAUUUAGUAUGUUUACUGAUGGUGUUGAUGCAAUGAGUGCCAAUAGUUAUACUGAUUUUGAUGAUAAACUUUAUAAAACAUCAAUCAACAGUGAAAAUGAUGAUCCAACAACAAUAUAUCCAGUUAUUGAAAAUGAUUCUGGUCAAUCAUCACCAUUGUCUGAUGACAUGCUACCAAUUUCACGUCACAUGCAAUUUACAACAAAUUCAGAAUUAAAUAUUUCCUGUUGUAUUCUCAUGCUUGAUAUUAUUUUAAAACAGAUGGAACUUCAGGAUAUUGAUAAAAAUACUGGAAUAAAUACAUGGAUAUGUAGGGAUGCUUGUAAUUUAAUGAAAUCAAUUAUUGCUGCAAAUUGGAAUGAUGGACAUAUUUGCAAAGAAAAUAAAGAAUGUUCAUACUGUGAAUCUAGAGUUAUUUGGCAUCAGCUUUGUUUUCAAUUGAUUCAAUACAUGUGUCCAGUUAAUCCAGCUCAACCACCUGAUGUAAUUGUCGAUGAAAAUUCUGAUGAUCAUGGCAGAAAAAGUCCACCAGAAUCAUCAAAAAAAUCACAAGAUAAACCAGAUGUUGUUAUAAAUAUGAUGGUACCAGAUAUUCAUUCAGUUGGUGGUGUAUUGGUUCACAUGCCUCAUUUCUUCGAACAGAUUAUGACAGCAACUGUUGAAACAGUUUCGGAACAAUUGGAUCUUGCUGCAAUUUUACCAGCUGAAAAAGUUAUGUCUGCUGUUGCUAGAUCUGUCACACUUACUGACAGUGAUGUUGCAACAGCAACAGUCAAUGUUGCUAAGGCAAAUUUAAUUGGUGAAAAUGAUGAACCAGUUAGUCCAAUAAUUGAAAAUGAAAUGGAUGAUUUUUGGCACACAACUAUGGGAAAAUUUAGAUUUAAUAUUGAAGAAUUGCCAGAACAGCUGCAAUAUAUUUACAAACUUUUAAAAGAAAUAAUAACUGUUGACAAGCCAAAUAUAUUAUACUACAUGUUGCAGUGUCUUAAUAUUCUUGUACUUCAUGGAGAAGCAUUUACAACAGCUGUCAAGGAUCAUCAAGGUUUUUUUAUUUGGUGUCAAGAAAAUCUUUUGAUAAAACCUCUUUGGGAUUUAUUAAAUGCUGAGCAUUCACAUAUUGCCCAAGUAACAGUGCCACUUUUAUUGCAUUGUAUUACACUUCAAUGUGGAACAGAUACAUUUUGGAGAUUAAUACAAGAAGAAUUUCACAGUUCUGAUUGGCGUAUUAGAUUUGUUGCUGUUGAAAGAGUAACAUUGAUUGCAAGAUUUAUGGAUUCAACACCACUGAGAAAUGUAUUGACACUUCAAGCUGCUCUUGCAAAUGCAUUUUGUUAUAUGAUUACAAGUAUGGAUGAUGGAAAUGUUUAUGUUGCUCAGAGAGCAACAUUAAACCUAGGAACAAUUCAUGAUAUAUCAGUUAGAUCAUUAAUUUUGUGUCUAGAGACACAAUUUGAUUCUGUCAUUGUUGACAGACCAAUGGUACUACAAUCUCUAUAUCAACUUCACAAUAGUCUCAGUGAUCGUAAAAUAUUGACUUGGGAAUUUUUUUUAAAUCGUUUUGAUACACUAUUUCUUGAGGCACAAAUUAAUCUUGAAAAAUCUGGUGAUAUUUCAUGUCUCAGAGAUUUAAGAAAUACAGAUAUGAAUAGUGAAAUAUUUAUGAAAAAAUUACAUCGAGCCCAGGAGGCACUUUCACAAUCAGAUGGUAGUGGUGCAAGUUCAGUGAGAACCCUCAGUGCUAGCUUUGGUACCAAGUGGCCAUACAAAAGAACAAUGUCUGCACCAGCAUCAAUGAUUCCUCGUCAAGAUACUAAACAAGAAAAGGAGAAAAUAUACAGUCGUCAAUAUUCAGCACCAAUAUUAAAAAGGAAGAGCUCGAGAUUUGGUUUGGGUCAGUUGCGUGGUUUAAUACCAUCUAGUAACAAUUUAACAGAUGGUCAUGUGCAUUCAUUAAAUAUGGUUGAAGAAGCUGGAGCAUUGCCAGGAUAUGCACAUAAAAUUGUAGAACUUGAAGAAGCUGACAAAGAAACAAUGCACUUACUUGUAUUUCUUUUCAUGCAAUUUUUAUCAAGACAAGAUCAGGCUUAUCCAACUGAUGAAAAACCGUUGUCAAAAACUCAGGGAAUCGUGCUGAGACACCUUUAUCUCCUGCUGGGUUAUAAUCAGACUGAAAGAACCUUUCAUUUGUCCCCUCAGAGACUCAGACUUUCAUCAGUGUUUAAUGUUUUUCUUGCUAAUUUACCUCAAUUAUUGGAUCAAAAUCAUGCAAUGGGAUUAGUGAUGAUACCACCUGUUAUUGCUAUUCUUCAAUAUUCACCUUGUCCACCACAAAAAACACCACCAACUGAUCAUCAACCACCUACCUAUAGUCUUUGGUACUUGGAACCAAAUAAUCGACGAUCUUGGCUAAUGUCUCUUCUCGUUAUUCUUUACAAAGGACAAUAUGGACAACAACCUUGGUGCAAUCAGCUUCAGUCAUUAAUUAAAAUGGUGAUAAAUACACUGGAUGCACAACAACAUCAGUGUAAACGUAUUCCAGCAACAGUUGUCAUGGCAGGACCGCCUUCCAGAUCUAGAGAUGUAUCACAACCAUCAUUGGGUCCUGAUCAUGAUUUAAUAACAAGUGUUGUUGGUGAAAUGGAUUCUGAAAGUCCACCAAUAAAACAACAAGGAUUUUCAAUGCAUCAACGAAGUCCUGGACCUGGUCUUGGUCCAUCAUACACUAUGGAAACACACUGGGAAGAAGCUGGUCCAACAUCACAUUUUUCAAAACAUACGAGAAAACAAAGCUACUCGAUGAAUGCCGAUGAUACGGAAUCCGAGCUGGCUGCAAUACCAGAGAGUCCAAAAUCCGAUAGUACUUUACACGGUAGUGGCGGUUCACUUGGCGAGCUUGAGGAUGCAUCAGCCCUGGUUAAUCGAAGUGCAUCAAUGAUGAUGAUGAUGACAACUCGUGCCUCAAUUCCAAAUUCAUUGAUCCAGUCUAAAAAAAAUAAUGAACAGGCCAAUAAAGAAAUACGAACAAAAACAACUGAGACAAGACCAACUUGGAUAUUAGGAAGUGAAGAUGAAACAAAUCAGACAAACACAUCGGCAUUACAAAAAAAAUGGAGUCUUCAAGAGGGCGUUAAAAUGAUGGUAGCAAGUACUUUAUUACCUGGUCAACAUAAUUUUUCAUUAAAAUCAACACAAAAAUCAUCAAUGAUUGGUGAUAAAGGAGGAGGAGGACAAAAAUCAGUAGACUCAACAAUUGGUGUUAUUCAACAAAAAACAAUUGUACCAACGGCAUUAGCAAUAACACUACAAACAUCAGGACAAUCAUUAUCAACAUCAUCAUCAUCGUCGACAUCAUCAAAAGAACGUACAAAUUCAUCAUCAACAAAAUCAGAUAAUAAUAAUAUUGAUCAAACAAAUCAAAAACAUUUGGAUAGACAAAAAAAUAUUGAUCAAUCACCACCAUUAAUAUCACCAGUAUCAUCAUGUAAUAUUGGAUGUCAUAAUAUUGGUAGUGAUGAUUCAAGUUCACAAGCAGUAUCAUCAAUGUCAUCACAACGUGCAUCAACAGACAAUGGACAAAUACAAACAACUGGUUGGCCAAUAAAUGUUGAAAGAUUAUUACCAAUUGGAAGUGGUUCACGUACAGCAAUAAAUAGACCAAGUAUGUCAACACAUCGUGUUCUACGUUGUGAGGAUACAUAUGGUUCACCAGAAUCACCAUUAUCAAAAAUGGAUGUACUUAUGAUAAAUUCAUCAUUUGAACAAGACUCGGAAAAUGCAUCAAGUGAUAUAACAAGUCCACGUAGUAUGUCACAAUUAGAAUUUCCAAUGCCAGAACGUUUAUUACCAAUUGGAAUACAAGAAAAAGGAAUAUUGGGUCUUGUUGAACGUGUUAGACAAGCACUUGGUGUACCUGAAUUAGAAGAAUCAUUUAAAAAUUCAAUUGACGAACAAGAUUUAUCAUUAAAAUUUGAUAAACAAGAUUCACUUGGUGAUGAAUUAAUAUCUGGUUCAUUAUUACCAACAAAUGAUGAUACACCAAGUCGUUGUGCAAGUCCUCGACGUUUAAUAAAACAAGUUGCAUUAGAAUCACCACCAGGACCAUUAGAAAAUGAUGAUUUUUGUUUUAGAUUAUUGGAUCAUGAAAGAAAAGCUAAAUUUCGUGAUCAUGCAAGAGCUGGUAGAGAUCGUGCAAGACGUGCUCAUGCAUCAACAACAUGUCAUAUUAUUGGACAACCAAGAAGAACUGAACUUUGGUCAGGUUCACAUUCACAACCAAAUCUUGAUGCUGCUGCACAACAAGCUUGUCAUGCUGAUUUUAAUUUAAAACAAAGUACAUUUAGAGUUGGUGAUGAUUGUAUAUUUGAUCGUUGCUCAGAGUGUGGAACAAUUAAAGAAGAAUACUCUGAUGAAGAACUUGGUCUUUGUAUUAUAACACUUGGUACAUUUAUUCAUCGUGAGCCAGCAUUAGCUGCACCAUUAUUACCAGAAAUUUUAGGUAUUGUAACAAAGGCAGCAUCAAAUUCAAUGUAUCCAUGGCAAAGUGAAACAAAUAUGCAUUUACCUGGUGGUGCUAUUAGUGUUGCACAUCAAUUUUUAAGAUGUGUACUUCAUCAAUUGGCACCAAAUGGUAUUUUUGUACAAAUAUUUCAAACACAUAUUAAUGAAUCAACGAGAAUACAAUUUUUUAAAAGUGUAUCACAAGCAUUGGUUGAUUUUAAUGAGCUAAAUCCAAUUGCACCACUUCAGCUACUUCUUGAGAUGUUGAAUGGUAAAAAAUCACUGCCAGUUGAUCAUUUACCAAUAAUUUUAUACAAUGUUGCUUGUUACUUGGAUUGCUUGCCUCUUGAAGCUGGUUUAGGUCCUGGUGCUGCAACUUGGAGUGGUUUAGUUGCACAAUUUGAUGUAUUUUGUCGUAGACUUGUGCUUAUUUUGUCUUCAUUAAAUGACACUGCACCACUACUUAGAAUAAUGAUAUCAAUUCUCAAAGUUCCAGGAAUUCAUCAAACAAAAAGCAUUUUAGAGCCAUUUUCAAAAAUACUAAGUUAUACUAUUCAACAUUCUAUAUUGAAAUAUAGUUAUCUAACAGAUUUAUGUUAUUUGUGUCAUCGAGCAUAUCUUCGUGAACGUGAUAAACAUUUACUUGGUCGUACAAUUGUAUUUGAACUUGUACAAGCUAUGAAAUUUAAAACAACAAUACCAGAUAAUAAUUUUUUACUUUUAUUACAAUUUGUUCUUCAAGAUGUUGGUGGUUCAUUACCAACAACUGUUACAAUUGAAAAUAUAUACACAGAAAAUCCACAAAUAUUUAAUACAAAUGCAUCUGAAUCAUUGAGAAAUCAAAUAUCUGAUAUGCUUGAAUUUCUUGCUGAUUUUCAUACAAUAAGUAAAAUUAAAAGUUAUAAUAAAGGCAUGCAAGCUGGUCUCAAUGAAGACACACUAGGAGGUACAUUAAAAUGUGGAUUUGCCCAAUAUUUAGCAUUGGAAAUAACACGUGGUAAUAAUAGAGAAAAUAGAGCAAUUGCAAGAUAUCUUCCUUGGCUUUAUACAGCACCAUCAUCUGUUGUUCAAGGACCUCGUGAAUUUGUCGAGUGCAUUGGUCAUAUUAGACUAUUAUCUUGGUUAUUAUUGGGUGCAUUGACACAUACUGCAAUGCAUUCUGGUUGUCAAAAUAAUACACAUUCACAUGGACCACCAGUACCAGUUGCACAACCAGUACCACAAGAAGUAUCAUGUCAUGUUGCUGAUCAUAUUCAAGUUAUAUUUUCUGGUUUUCCUGAACAAUCAAAAACAUCUGUAUUACAUAUGUCAUCAUUAUUUCAUGCAUUCAUUUUAUGUCAAUUGUGGACUGUUUAUUUGGAAGAAGUAUCAAGAAAUAAUUCAUCAAAUUUAGAAAGUUUUAAUAUUACUAUGAAUAUUUUACUUGAAUUUUGGGGUAAAGUUACACCGAGUAUUCUUCAUCUUGUCUCAUUAUCAAAAACGUUUGCUGAUACAGUUAAUCUUCAUUUUUUGAGUCUUUUAGAGGCACUUUUAGAGAGUCAAUCAGUUUUAUUGAGUAAAUUAUUACCAUUAUGGAGUCCAAUAUUAUUUUUUCAUCAAAAUAAAUUACCAGGUUUUCUUCAAAUGCGUUUACAAAAUUGUCGAAAUUUUCCACCAAGUAAAAUGGCUGAUCAUUAUAUUUCGAAUCGUCGUGAAUCAAAUGCAAUAUUACUACGUUGGCUUCAUCGUUUGCAAUUUAAAAUGGGACAAAUUGAGAUGCAAUCAUCAACAGUGACAACUCAAUUUUAUUCAAUUUAAUAAAAAAUAGAUGUAUUAUAAAUAAUAUAUUGAUUGUUAUUAAUUAUUUAUUUUUAUUUUAUUUAUUUUACAAUUGAAUAAUAAAAAAAAAAUUUUAUCACAUUA